UUUCGCAAGUAUCAUCGCGCGACAUGAGUGUAUCACGAUGAUGAGAAGAAAUGUAGUUAGCCUGAUAAAGUUCUUCCUUCUGGCGGCUUUUACUGUUUUCCUGACCGUUGUUGUGUUUCGCUACGUACGAACAUCGCCUAACCAUGAAAUUGUGGCACCGGUUGGCGACACCAUGAAAUUGCGACUUGCCGCAUUGGUGGCUACCGAGGGUGACAGUUUAAAAAAUUUGAUCGAUCCCAGACAGAAUUUCAACGACCAUCUUUAUCAGGAUUUUGAUGAGAAAAUAGAUUGGCAUGAUUAUAAGAAAAUUGAAGAGGAAGCAAAAAGAACUGGGACAGGGGAACAUGGAAAGCCAGCAUUUCUUUCACGGUCUCUUGAUGCAUUGAAGGAAAAGUUAUAUCAGGUAAAUGGUUUUAAUGCUGCUCUCAGCGAUGAAAUCUCAAUGAAUCGUUCAGUACCUGACAUUAGGCAUCCAGGUUGUAAGAAAAAGAAGUACUUAAGAAAUCUUGAUCCAGUCUCUGUGAUAGUUUCCUUCCAUAAUGAACACUUUAGCACUUUAAUGCGUACUUGUUGGAGUGUUAUUAACCGCUCACCACUAUCACUUCUUGAAGAAAUAAUAUUAGUUGAUGAUGCUAGCACUAAGACAGAAUUGCAGAAGCCUCUAGAUGAAUAUAUUGCAAAACACUUGCCAAAAGUGAAAAUUGUAAGACUACCAGAACGUUCUGGGCUAAUUAAAGGUCGAUUAGCUGGAGCAAAAAUUGCAAAAGCAAAAGUACUUGUAUUCUUAGAUUCUCAUAGUGAGGCAAAUGCUAAUUGGUUGCCACCUUUACUAGAACCUAUUGCACAAAACUACAAAACUUGUGUAUGUCCUCUCAUUGAUGUGAUAGCUUAUGAGACAUUUGAGUACAGAGCUCAAGAUGAGGGUGCUAGAGGAGCUUUUGACUGGGAACUGUAUUAUAAACGGUUGCCAUUGUUACCUGAAGAUCUUCAAAAUCCAACAGAACCAUUUAAAAGUCCAGUAAUGGCUGGUGGUCUUUUUGCCAUCAGUGCUAAAUUCUUCUGGGAGUUAGGUGGAUAUGAUACACAACUGGAUAUAUGGGGAGGUGAACAGUAUGAGCUAUCAUUCAAAAUUUGGCAGUGUGGAGGCCAAAUGUAUGAUGCCCCUUGUUCAAGAGUAGGCCAUAUUUAUCGUAAAUUCCCACCUUUCCCCAAUCCAGGCAAAGGAGACUUUUUAGGAAAGAAUUAUAAAAGAGUGGCAGAAGUAUGGAUGGAUGAAUAUGCAGAAUAUAUCUAUAAAAGGCGUCCACAUUUGAGAUCACUGGAUCCUGGAAACUUGAAAGAACAAAAAGAUUUGAGAACUAAACUACAUUGUAAACCAUUCAAGUGGUUCAUGGAGAAUAUAGCUUUUGAUCUCGUCGAUGUAUACCCUCCCAUUGAACCCGACGACUUUGCGUUUGGAGAAAUUCGUAACAUGGGUGUACCAGAGCUAUGUCUCGACUCAAAGAAACGAAAAAAAGACGAGCUUGUUGUAGUUGAUCUUUGCAUAAAGGACAAUCCUAAAAUUGUAGGAGAACAAGAGUUCAGACUGACUUGGCAUAAAGACAUUAGACCAAAGGAUCGUACAGAAUGCUUAGAUGUUUCUAGAGGAGAUUCAAAAGCUCCAGUUACCUUAUAUCCUUGUCACGGGGGCCAGGGAAAUCAAUUGUGGCGUUAUAACGUUGAAAAACAAUGGUUGAUGCACGGCUACACGUUAAGAUGCCUGGACACAAGUCCCGCCAGCAAAAAAGUAUUUGUAACCAAUUGUGAUUCGUCUUCUGCUACGCAAAAGUGGAGAAUCGAGAAAGUGAAUAUGAAAGCUAUAAAUAACUGGGAUAACGUGGGACCCAAACGACAUUAACUCCACCGCCUUUUAU